AUCCAUCUUGCGCUCCAUAUCCUCCCUGUGCUCCCUCGGCCCGAGUGCUAACAUCCUCUGGUGGUAGCGAGGGGAAGCCGGCCCUCAGUGUGGCUCUCCACUCUGCAGAAGCUGUAGCCCGGAAUAGUCCUCUGAUCGCAUCCCGAGGCCAGGAUUUGGUUCUUUUUCAUUUAGUUUAGACCUAAAUCAAAAAAGGCACCAUGAUGGAGCUGAGGAUCAAGCUGAUCCCAACAGGGGAGAUCAUCCUUUCGCCGGGGAAAAAUGGGGAAAACUACUGCCACCACUGCAAGGUGGUGGGUACUGACGGGGUGCGGGCUAUGAUGGAGUCGGCCCUGACAGCAAGAGAUCGAGUGGGUGUGCAGGACUUUGUCCUGCUGGAAAACUACACAAGCGAAGCCGCUUUCAUUGAGAACCUUCGCAAACGCUUCAAAGAGAACCUCAUCUAUACUUACAUUGGCUCAGUGCUGGUGUCUGUUAACCCGUACAAAGAUUUGGAGAUCUACACUAAGAACCAUAUGGAGCGGUACCGUGGGGUCAACUUCUACGAAGUCUCACCACACAUCUAUGCAGUGGCAGACAACUCAUACCGUUCUAUGAGGACAGAGAGAAAGGACCAGUGCAUCCUAAUUUCUGGAGAGAGUGGAGCUGGGAAGACGGAGGCAUCAAAAAAGAUCCUGCAGUACUAUGCAAUUACCUGUCCAGCCAGUGAUCAGGUGCAGACCAUCAAAGACCGCCUACUGCAGUCCAACCCUGUGCUCGAGGCUUUUGGCAAUGCCAAGACAUUGCGUAACGACAAUUCCAGUCGCUUUGGCAAGUACAUGGAUAUCCAGUUUGACUUCAAGGGUGCCCCGGUGGGAGGUCACAUCAUCAAUUACCUGCUGGAGAAGUCGCGGGUGGUUCACCAGAACCACGGUGAGAGGAAUUUUCACAUUUUCUAUCAACUGAUUGAAGGAGGCGAGGAAGACCUGCUGAGACGCCUGGGCUUAGAGAGGAAUGCUCAACAGUACCAGUAUCUGGUGAAAGGUAACUGCCCCAAAGUGAGCUCCAUCAAUGACCGCAGUGAUUGGAAGGUGGUGAGGAAAGCCUUGACUGUGAUUGGCUUUAAUGAGGAUGAGGUCGAAGAGCUGUUAAACAUAAUCGCCAGUGUGCUCCAUUUGGGUAACGUGCAGUAUGGUGGUGGCGAGGAGGGAAUUGCCUUCAUCACGUCUGACACGCAGAUCAAGUACUUGGCAAGGUUGUUGGGCGUAAAUGGAGCAGUGCUGACGGAGGCACUCACACACAAGAAGAUAAUUGCCAAGGGAGAGGAGCUUAUCAGCCCUCUGAACCUAGAACAGGCCUCUUCUGCUCGGGAUGCUUUGUCUAAAGCAGUGUAUGGACGCACAUUCACCUGGCUGGUUAACAAGAUCAACGCUUCACUGGCAUACACGGAUGACUCUUUCAAGCACUACUCUGUCAUUGGGCUGCUGGACAUUUAUGGCUUUGAGGUCUUCCAGCACAACAGCUUUGAACAGUUCUGCAUCAACUACUGUAAUGAGAAGUUGCAGCAGCUCUUCAUUGAGCUCACCCUCAAGUCUGAGCAGGAGGAGUACGAGGCAGAAGGCAUAACGUGGGAACCCGUCCAAUACUUCAACAACAAGAUCAUCUGUGACUUGGUGGAGGAGAAGUUUAAAGGCAUCAUCUCCAUUCUGGACGAAGAGUGUCUGAGACCUGGAGAUGCCAGUGACAUCACCUUCUUAGAGAAGCUGGAGGACACCGUAGGAGGUCAUCCGCACUUUGUCACUCACAAGCUAGCUGAUGCAAAGACUCGGAAGGUAAUGGGUCGUGAUGAAUUCCGACUGCUGCAUUAUGCCGGAGAGGUCAACUACAACGUCAAUGGUUUUCUGGACAAAAACAAUGACCUGCUCUUUAGAAACUUAAAGGAGGUUAUGUUCAUGUCGGAGAACAAGAUCCUAAACCAGUGUUUCGACAAAGGGGAGCUGAGUGACAAAAAACGUCCAGACACAGCAGCGACCCAGUUCAAGGCCAGUCUGGCGAAACUUAUGGAGAUCCUCAUGUCUAAGGAGCCGUCGUAUGUCCGCUGCAUCAAGCCCAAUGACUCCAAGCAAGCAAGUCGUUUUGACGACGUUCUGAUCCGUCACCAAGUCAAGUAUCUGGGAUUGAUGGAAAAUCUGAGGGUGAGGCGAGCGGGCUUUGCUUACAGGCGGCGUUAUGAGGUCUUCCUGCAGAGGUACAAGUCCCUUUGCCCCGAAACUUGGCCAAAUUGGGAGGGUAAACUGUCUGAUGGAGUCGCUACAUUGGUCAAGCACCUUGGAUACAAGCCUGAAGACUACAAGCUGGGCAGAUCAAAAAUCUUCAUCCGUUUCCCAAAGACCUUAUUUUCAACCGAGGAAGCCCUAGAGGUCAGGAAGCAUAGUCUAGCCACGAAGUUGCAAGCAGGAUGGAGGGGCUACAGCCAAAAAUCCAAGUACCAAAAGCUUAGAACUUCAGCUAUUGCCAUCCAGGCAUGGUGGAGGGGAAUCUUGGCCCGGAGGAGGGCUCGGCGUAGGCGGCAAGCUGCUGACACCAUCCGCAGGUUCAUCAAAGGAUUCAUUUAUCGCCACAAGGAACGCUGUCCGGAGAAUGAGUAUUUUCUGGAUUAUGUGCGUUACUCCUUCCUCAUGACACUGCGAAGGAAUCUGCCAAAGAAUGUUCUUGACAAGAGCUGGCCAACACCUCCAGCAGCUCUUACAGAGGCCUCGGAACAUUUGCGCAAGCUUUGCAUGCAGAACAUGGUGUGGAUCUACUGCAAGAAAAUCAGUCCUGAAUGGAAACACCAGAUGGAGCAGAAGAUGAUUGCGAGUGAGAUCUUUAAGGAAAAGAAGGAUAACUACCCACAAAGUGUGCCCAAGCUGUUUGUCAGCACAAGACUCGAUGGUGAGAACAUUAAUCCCAAGGUCCUGCAGGCUCUGGGAAACGAGAAGUUGAAGUAUGGCGUGCCAGUCACCAAGUACGACAGGAAGGGCUACAAGCCUCGUCACCGCCAGUUGCUUUUGACCGCAAGCAGUGCCAUUAUUGUCGAGGAUGCCAAGCUCAAGCAGCGCAUUGACUAUGAUACUCUUAAAGGUAUCUCUGUCAGUUCCCUCAGCGAUGGCCUGUUUGUUCUGCACGUGCCCAGUGACGACAACAAACAGAAGGGAGACGUGGUUCUACAAAGUGACCAUGUGAUAGAGACGUUGACCAAGAUUGCCAUCUGUGGCAACAAAGUAAACAGCAUCAACAUCAACCAGGGCAGUAUAACAUUUACCGUGGGUCAAGGAAAAGAAGGGUGCAUUGACUUCACACCUGGAUCCGAACUGUUGGUGGCCAAAGCUAAGAACGGACAUCUUUCUGUGACUGCUCCCAGACUGAACUCCAGAUGAUUUUCACUCUUUCGUACGCACACGAAAUAACGUACUCAAGGACACCGGCGUGCUUUUUCCCUUAUGCAAUCACUUGACCUCAGACCCUGCUCUAGCUUUAGCCAAUCCGGUACCAGCCUGUCCACCACCACCACCACCACCACCACACCCGGCUGGCGCUCGCUGCCAAUUAAAAGAUAAACGAUGCAGCAAUACUAAUGGAAAUAUUUAUGUUUAUAUAUUAUAUUUUUGGUAAUAAUACUGCCGCUGUUUGAAUAUUGUGAUUUUAUACGUGCGGCUAAGGAAUAACAAAUAUUUUUGUGGGUUUUUGUUUUUUUUGUACGUUUCUUGUGAUUUAUUUGGGAACAUGACCAAGCAAACCAAAGAAGGAGAACACAGCCAACUGAAUGGGAUUACCGUGCAGAAGUCAGGGUGUUGUCUUUUACCUCUUUUUAGUGCUUUUUUUUUUUUCUUUCCUUGCAACAUUUCUUGAUAGGUGAGAGAGCCUGUUUUUGCAUGUAGACAAAGUGGACAACGCUAUUGACAAGUAGGUGGCUAUAUACGUACUACUGAAUUCAUAUUCAUACAGCCAGGUGUGUACUCACAUGAUACGGAGGGUGUCGGUAAUGAGGGAACAACUACAUUUACUGUAAGCGCAUGAAAAACUUGAAAUGGAUGAGUGAAAGUGACAAGAGAGAUGAUUGUGCUUUUCCCUUUGACUAUAUGCAUCCUUAACAGGGAAAGACACUUUCUCUAUGUUUCCACAUGUCUUCUCUGCUUGGCUGCUUGUGCUUCUUUAUUGCAGCUUGUGUCGCGUUUAGCCAAACUGGUGUCAUCAUAAGCGGUGCCUGGUUCAAAGGUGUCUGAUUAAUAAUUCAAUAAGCCAUUUUUAUUUGACAUUGACUAGAGUGGAGCUGAAAAGCCUUAUAAGUCGCAAGUUAACUUUUCAAAUGACUUUUUUUUUUUUAAUCGAAUGAAAGGAUCGUGACUGCUGUUGAAGUCACCAGGAUAUAAACAGUUAGCAUCGUGUUAGCUUGAAUCGUGUUAGCUUAAAAAGUCUUCCAAACCACAAUUGUUAGUCAUUUAAGUUCAAGAGAAUAUUUUUUUUUAGUAAAAGGGUAUCUUUAUCUGGAAAAUGCUGAAAAAAAAGCCAAAAUAUUAGGGGUGUCCAAAUUUUUUCCAACAAGGAAUAAACUGAAAGCAUGCGGGCGGACAUUUUGAUCUUUUUUAAAUGGGCUAAAAAUAAAAUAGGCUAGUCAUAAACGGUGGUACUUAGUUUUUUUGUGCCCAACUUUUUGUUUUGCCAAACGUUUUUGUAUACCAUCUCAGUUAUCAUAAGGACAAUCGACUUUUUGCCUGCCUAUCAUUUUGCGUAAUCGAAUACCUAAAUCAAGAAUGCCACGCGUUGGUGACUCAGUCUCUCUUUUUUUUUUAUUGAAUAUGAUGCAAAAAAAUCCACCGUGGGGCCAAAGAAGCCAAAAAAAUUAAUUUUUUAGCAAAGUACGAAGGAGGGGUCUCCUCCUCCCUCUCGACUCAUCGCCGUCCUCCCCAGUCAAUCAGUUAUUUACCUUAUUUUCCGGACUAUAAGCCCCACCAGUAUAUAAGCCGCACCCACUAAAUUUUUGAAAAAAAUAAAUGUUUUUCAUAUAUUAGCCACAUCGGAUUAUAAACCAUAUAUAUAUAUAUA